UGAAACUCACAGCAUUUUCUGGCAGCAAGUCUGUGUCUGUGUGUAUUGUGUUCCGCGUCUAAAAGUGUUUUUUUGCUUUGUGGCGUUUUUAGGGAUAAUCUGCAAAAAUUUCUUCGGGAAAUAGUGUAAAAAUGCUGAAUCAGGUGGCCGUUGAGGCCCUGUAUUCAGCUACUUAUGUUGAAAACUACUUAGACUCUGUGGAAAACCUUCCGGACGAUGUGCAAAAAUAUUUGUCCAGAAUCAGAGAGAUUGACGUCCAAUUUCGAGCCCACCUUCGAGAUGCAGACUACUACUACGAGCAGUGGUCAAAUUGCCCGACAAAUGAGCUGGAAUCAGCUAAUGCAAAGAGAUCUCGAGCCAUGGCCAGGAUUUGGCAGAGUUUCAUUGCUUCACAGGAGUUGGGAGAUGAAAAAUUGCAGAUUGUGACGCAGCUGCAGGAGCUAAUUGACCAGAAAACACGUCAAUUGGAUCAUGAUUUUAAGAAUUUGGACUAUGGGAAGGAUGACCCAAUAAAUGAUGUAGUGCAGAAGGAACCAAGACUUCCAAGUCCUACCAUGAAUCUGAGCAUCACUGGACUAACUACUGCUCAACAAAUGUUUGUGGCAUCUCCUGUGGCUGCUAAUCUCACCGGAUCUGGUCCCACGGCCGUCCGGGAGAGCUUCAGUGGAUCCAACAGCAAUGGAGAACGCGCUUCAAAACGUGCCAGACGCACCAGAGCUGAUACCUCGGUGGGCAGUGUAGAUCCUGGGGCUUCCGAUAACAAUCUCAGCACGACUGACGUGGCUCCGGUUAAGCAAAGCGGGAACACAGCACAGAGCACUAGUGCUGUUCAGAAGAAGGGCACUGGGCAGGCAGGGAAGAAGAAAAAACGCAAGGCUAGGGGUGGAGCACAGAGUGGGAACAACCAAGCACGCGAUCGCGAUGAUACUCCACCGGCUGAGGAGCCCAUUGAUCCGGAUGAACCAACUUACUGCCUUUGCGAUCAGAUUUCCUUUGGUGAGAUGAUUCUCUGCGACAAUGAUCUCUGUCCGAUAGAGUGGUUCCACUUCUCCUGUGUCUCACUCCUGACCAAGCCCAAGGGCAAAUGGUACUGUCCUAACUGCCGUGGUGAUCGGCCAAACGUGAUGAAACCGAAGGCGCAAUUCUUGAAGGAACUGGAGCGCUACAACAAGGAGAAAGAAGAAAAAACAUAAAAAAACACAUUUUAUUCAACUUUACAAUAUAAUUUAUUUCAGUGUCAUUCAA